AUGCCUCAAAUUUCCGCUGUUGUGUUUGCUGCUAUUGCUCUUCUUGCGAUCAUGAUCGCCAUUGAUGCUACCCCAAUCGAUCGCCUUACUGCGAGGCAUGGCAACCUCGUAUAUCACCAACCAGUCAUUCGCGAGUCUGUUGGUUCUGAGCCAGGCCAUCCUCGCACCAAAGAAGAACAGACUACAGAGAUGAUAAAUGCUGCCACCGGAGCUACAGUUGCACUUACUGGUGCAUUAGCUUCCACUGGUGCUCUUCCCAAGUUGGAAGGCGCCGCGCAUCAAGGUGUUGAAAAGGUGAACACGGCAAUCCACCAUGUACAAGACAAAGUUCACAAUGCGACGACGGAAAUGAAAGUCGGAGAAGAGAAAGUAAAACAGCACUUUCCCUUCCAUCACCACCCUCAGAAUUACGAUGAACCAUCUCAGGCUAGACGUAGCAUAUACACUUACGCCCCCGACGUAGUAUCAAGACGCAGAUCGCCCUACGACGACUAG